UGCGAACAUGUCUACCUUCUGCGAACAUGUCAUGCGCUCCACUCGCCCUUGUGUUUGCGUUUGCCAGGAUACUAUCAAAAAUGGUAAAGCCCGAACGAAAGGGCAGUGUAUAGAGAGUGCAAUGAAUGCGUUGAAGGAUGAGAAGAGUGUGUUUAUAGAUAGGUGUAAUGUAGAGGAAGAACAAAGGGAUGAUUUUGUGAAGCUUGGUGGUAGUUCCCAAGUUUGUUCAUGUUGUGGUGCUUGA